AUGCUUGGUGAAUUAGAGAAGCCGCCAGACCAGCGACUAGAGUGGCUUUUUUGGUUUGACAGUGAUACGGUACUCAUGAAUCUGAACCUGCCACUAGAGACCUUUCUUCCACCGUCACAUCUCCCAGACGUUCAUAUCUUACUCUCUCAGGAUUACAAUGGACUGAACAAUGGAAUCUUUCUAAUCCGUGUACACCCAUGGUCCGUCAAGUUGCUCAAUGCCGUGAUUGCAUACCCCUACCUGAAACCAGACGUCGAACUCCAUUGGGAUGACCAAUCCGCUUUGAGCAAUAUUCUCAAGGAAAAUGAGUAUUUUGGCAGAUCUACUGUGUACUGUCCACAGCGUUGGUUCAAUCCUUAUACUAGGUCGGAAAAUGGGGAGGAACCAGUGAAUAAAGACUUGCCCUCGGACAUGCAGGUACAUCCUGGAGACCUCCUAGUUCACUUCCCGGGGACUCCUAGUGCGAAACUGAAUGAAACUAUGGGUCCAUAUAUUGCUAUUUCGGAAGAAGAACGGCCGGAUUGGAACACGGCUUUGGAGGAUACCGGCUAUAUAGAAGAGACGGCGUUGUUUUGGGAGAACUACAGGCAUGAAUUAUAA